AUGCAAUUCAAAUUGAAUUCCUUGAACUCUCUCAUCAGUGAGGAGGUGAUGAAACGAGGUCCGUCCUAUGAUUUCUCACAAACACCUCUCCAGUCACCUGCCGUGGCUUUGAAAAUCCCCAACAGAAGUGACCACAGUGUUGCUGUCAUCAAUAUCAUCUCCCAUUGCUGGUUUGCAGAGUAUAAGGUGACAACAAUAUAUGACGGCGAUGGCAAAGAUACAAAAGGACGAUUUUGGAGAGUAACAGCUGACAGACGGACGAAUAAAGCGAACCGAUAAUCAGGCAGAGUACAGUAACACAACAGAGCCUGCUAGAGCCGUAAGGCUGGUUGGAAGCCUAAAGAAAAAUUGUAGUAUUAGUUGUAUACCAAUUUAAUCGUAUCGGCAUGG